ACACAAUCCCAAGAUGCCCUCUGCCCAAUUACCUCUCGAGCAUACAGAAUCCUUCUAAUCUAUGGCGAACACCGACAACAGACCUUACCAAACCCAUUAAGGAUUCGACUCAUGUCACCAUUUUCCUUCUUAAAUACCCCACUUGCCCAUCUAACAUCUGCAUCUUCCCUCGCCUUGAAUGUUGCACUUUCAUGCACCUUCUUUCGCCAUAACAAGCCUGCCUCAGUCCCACUGCUCCUCAUUGCACUACUCUGCAUUUCACAGAAUGUCAAGAUUUUCUGUUCCUUUACUCUUUGUUUUCUUGUUGCUAGUCUUGAUUGUGGGUUCUGUUCCUUGUGAUGCCUCGUCUAGAAGUAGGAGUGAUUAUUUGCAGAAUGAGUGCUUGAAAGUUCCCAUUUCUGAAUUCGUGGGCUCUGCGAGAACCACUAUUGUUUUGAUACGAAAUGUAGCCUCUACCAUCUCAAAAUUUGGUAAUUUCUUAGGAAACUUUCGCCUCACCAACGCUAUAGCUGAUUGUCUUGACUUGCUGGACUUCUCUGCUGAUGAGUUGAGCUGGUCCAUGUCUGCCUCACAGAAUCCCAAGGGUAAGCACAACAGCACUGGUGAUCUGAGUUCUGAUUUAAGGACAUGGUUGAGUGCUGCACUUGUUAAUCAGGACACAUGCAUUGAUGGAUUUGAAGGAACUAGUAGCAUCCUCAAAAACCUAGUGGCAGGUGGUCUUAACAAGAUCACUUCAUCAGUCCAACAGCUCCUAAGCAAGGUGGACUCAAAACCCAAUUCCAAGGCUAAUGGAGUUGCCCUCACAGGCAGAAAAACUAGUCAAAAUCACAAAUUCCCCUCAUGGGUUCAGCAUAGGGACCGUAAAUUGCUAGUGAUUAAUGGAGUGACCCCUGAUGCUAUAGUAGCAGCAGAUGGGACUGGAAACUUUACUAAGAUAAUGGAUGCAGUAUCAGCAGCACCUGAUUAUAGCAUGGGUCGCUAUAUCAUAUAUAUAAAGAAGGGUUUCUAUAAUGAAUAUGUAGAUAUCAAGAAGAAGAAAUGGAACCUAAUGAUGGUGGGUGAUGGAAUGGGUGUCACAGUAAUAUCUGGCAACAGGAGUUUCAUUGAUGGCUGGACCACUUUUCGAUCAGCAACCUUUGCGGUUAGUGGGAGAGGAUUCAUAGCUCGAGACAUAACAUUUGAGAACACUGCAGGUGCUGCAAAGCAUCAAGCAGUGGCUCUCCGAUCUGAUUCUGAUCUAUCAGUCUUCUAUAGAUGUGAAAUCAAGGGAUAUCAAGACACACUCUACACUCACACAAUGCGACAAUUCUACAGAGAAUGUCGUAUUAGUGGGACUGUAGACUUCAUCUUUGGUGAUGCAACUGCUGUCUUCCAAAACUGCCAGAUUCUAGCCAAGAAAGGCCUACCAAGCCAAAAGAACACUAUAACAGCUCAAGGCCGCAAGGACCCAAAUCAACCAACAGGAUACUCCAUCCAAUUUUGCAAUAUCUCAGCAGAUAUUGAUCUCUUGCCUGUCACCAGUUCCACAUACACAUACCUUGGCAGGCCCUGGAAAAAUUUUUCAAGAACUGUGGUUAUGCAGUCCUAUAUGAGUGAUGCUAUCAGGCCAGAGGGAUGGCUCGAGUGGAACGGUGACCAGUUUUUGGACACUCUGUACUAUGGUGAGUAUUCCAACUAUGGUCCAGGAGCUGGGCUAGCUAACAGAGUCAGAUGGCCUGGGUAUCAUAUUUUGAAUACUUCCAAUGAGGCUAGCAAUUACACAGUUGCUGUGUUCAUUGAAGGAAACUUGUGGUUGCCAUCAACUGGAGUGAAAUACACUGCAGGCCUGGAGGUCUAAUGAAUGGUGUAUUCUUAGUUUCAGCUAUAUUUUUUUUUUUCUAUUUUUAGAUAAAAGGUUUGUGUUCUGUUUUUUGAUAUAUAUUCUUUUUUCUGUUUUUAUAUAUAUAUAUAUUUUUCUAUUAUAGAA